UUGUGCGGGUCGGUUAGUGUAACGGUGCCAUAACGCUCCCACUGGGAUAAGCUGGCUUGGCCCAAAAGUAAACAACAACAAUAAUUAAAUAACAUUUGUCCCACGCUCCGGUGCACUUUCUCUGCGUAACUACCUAUAAAAACUAACUGGGUAAUCGGAAUAUUACGUAGCAAGAUUAGAAUUAGUUAUUAUUAAGCCACAUAAACAAGAGACCGGCAUGCCCCCUGCUUGGUGGGCAAAGAUAACCCGCCGAUAACGCGGUUCGUGGUUCAGUGGCAAUUUGCAUUGAUGAACUGUGCGCGCCGCCCGCCGUGCAUAGCAAAAACCAAUCCGCAAUCCGCAAGUCCGCAUCCGCAUCCCCGGAGCGUGGUGGGGUUCAUCGAUAAUCAGAAGAACCCCAGGACCUCCAGACCAGAGCCUCCUCCUGCCUCCCGAUUAUCCUUUGAUGUCUGAGUGAGUGCCAGAGUGUGUCUCAGUGUGCAAGCGCAAAGUGUGAAAAAGCGCAAAAUAAAUAUUAAAAGCAAAACGUGCGUGGAUUAGAAAGCAUAAAACCGGCAAAAGGAGCGCAGAAACCACAACAACUACAGAAUACCGCCAGCUGGUUGGCAGCUGAAGGUGCUGAAAGGGCACUGAGGCAUUCGCUAUAAGACACUGCCGCCAGCAGACGGCGUCUGGCGCCGGAACUGUCUAGCGGCAGCAGCAGGAGCAGCAGCAGCAGCAGAUAUUGCGACUGUAGCGGCAACAAACAGACAUGGCCAGCAAAAGGAUCCGGCCAGUGGGCGGAGAAGGACGAAGGAUGAGCCACGCCAGCCGACCGGGAGCCUUGCAUACGGCAUUCAAUAUGCUGGCGUUGAGCUGGAUUAUAAUCUCCGAGUUAUUGCUCAGUGCUCACUGCCUGAAGGAUCUGAAGAUAUUUGUGCCGGAGGCCGUCCUCAUGGGAAAUGCAGCGACAUUGUCUUGUCAAUACGAUUUGGAGCAGGCGGCGCUCUACGCGGUACGCUGGUACUUCGGCCAGGAGGAGUUCUACCGCUACGUCCCCCGCGAGGCCAAGCCCACAUUUGUCUUCGCCGUCGCCGGCAUUAAUGUUGAUCUCUCCAACUCGGACGCCACGUCGGUGACUCUGAAGGGUGUUACCCGGGAGCUGAGUGGCACCUAUCAGUGCGAGGUCUCCGAGGACGCACCGCUCUUCCACACAGAGAUUCGAUCCGCCCACAUGCAGGUGGUUGAGAUGCCCAAAGACGAUCCGGUGAUGCAGGUGGACAAGAAGGUGAUUGGCGCGAACGACAACCUAAAAGCCGUCUGCACGUUGGGGCCUUCGUAUCCGCCGGCCAACAUCUCCUGGACCCUCAACGGACGUGUGAUCUACCCCACGCCGCAGCAGCGCAUCACGCACGACGCCUACGAGGGCUCCACCACGUACUCCUCGCUGGAGCUCUACCCGCACAGCCAGGUGCUCCUGGACUUCUUCGAGGGCAAGUACCAGCGCAGCGUGACCCUCAAGUGCACGGUGACCAUCACGGGCAUGUACCACAAGGAUGUCCAGCAGCGGAUCGGCCUGAACAUGGCACCGCCGACGACCAUAUCGCCGAACCUGCUCGGUCUCGAGGGAUCCAAGCGGUAUGCCAACGGGGAUCCCGACAAUUCGGCGCUAACUGGCGCCUCGCAGCGCUGCUGCAUUUGCUGCGGAGCUUUCGGCGCCAUUUCGCUGGCCAUUUUCACAAUGGCAAUGGCGCAACUGUGACCGCAGCGGACAGCUUAAAAACCGUGAUGGGAAAACGCAAAACGCAGCCGGACAAGUCACCUCCAAGGAAGAAAUAAUUAAAAAAUAACAAAACAACGUGUGUGCUUAAUUGCAAAAAAACAACCGAAAAUGCAAAAAUCAAAAGCAAAAAAAAAAAAAAUGAAAGGGUGAGGGGAAAAUUGUUGACGACAGCGACCCUGCCUAGUAGCAUGUCCUUGUAUUUUAUACUUUUUUUUUAUUUGCCUCAUUCGCCAAACAAAAACACGCAUCUGGGUCGCAGUCCAUAAGUUCAAAGCGAAGGAAUAUUUUCAAUGCAUUAAUUAAUUUGCGCUGGCUACAUGCAACAAAUUCUGAUAAUAACAAUACAUUAAACAUAAGUCAGCAGGGGCUGAAUUUCCACACGAGCUCCAGCCUAGGUCGAAGGGAAGGUUAAAAUAAUAAUAGUAAAGGUAAAUAAAUAGCGUAAAUUUAAUACGUUGUGGGUGGAGGGGUGAUGUUGAACUCUUUGAGAACAAAAAAAAAAAAACAAAACAAAACUGCCUGCAGACAACACAGAGUAUAGGCAAAAAACGAAUCCAUAAAUUUAAAUAAAUUAACACAUGCACUUGCAAACAAAACUUGCAAACAAAUUACAUAACAAAAGAAAAACAACAAUUAAUAAGCAUAAGUGACACACAUUAAAUACUAAGUACACCCUACCCUCCAACUACCGCAGCCUAGUCACAUAAGUUAUGUAAAUAAUUACUGUAAAGAACUAAUAAAAAAUAAAAAACAAAGUAAUAUAUUAAUAAAUACGAAACCCUCACAUGGGCAAACAUUAAUUAAAGCUAGAGCAAUGUGUGGAGGAAAAGUUAAAUACAAAACUAAUUAAGUCCUUAUGAAAAACUCAAUGAAAUCAAAAACUUAAAUGUAUAUCGGCCAAAUUCAGUUUAAUUGAAUUUGUUUUAAUUUCAAUUGUGGCUUAUUUGCGGUCUAAUUUUGUCCAUUAUCUGUUAGAGUUUCAGUUUCCGUCGAACGGUUUGUGUUAGCAGCAUAAGAUACUCUCUGUUUUAGACUAAAUUUACAUAAACAAAUGCAAAAUAUAUAUAUAUUUAUCGAGUAAUAAUUGUCGAGGCAAGAGAAUUUAGUGCGUAUUUGUUGGUUGGAUAACAUUAAGAGUUUUUUCUGCGGAACUAACUGAAAAUAAAGCCCAACUCCUUGGCCAAAGGACUAUUUUUAGAGGUUCGUGCGCAGCGCAAACUCACAGAAAAGGAUUCCAGAUUGCGUUUGUUUGUGCAUCUCAGCUAAGAAACGAAAAUUUUGAAACGAAAAUUUUCCACUACCAGUGUAAGCUCAAGAAGCAAAAAUAUUGUAAAUCAAAACCAACAAAACGAUAUUAUUUUAGCGUAUUGCGGCAUGUGGAAGUAACUGAAAACCCGAAACUAAACUUAACUAAACUAAAAAGGCAAACUAAUAAUAAAAUGUAAAAUCAAACUUAAAUACAGGAAAACGAGGAAAUAACAACAAACCAGAAGCGAGAGUCGAGCAAAUGAGUCAGCUGGAGGAAAUUAUAUAUUAAAUAUGCAUAAUUAUGAAUAAUUUAAUGCGAGUUAAGCAAAGCCAAAAAGGUCAAACGAAAUCAAACCACACAAAAACCAACAAAGAGCACGCCAAUGUGGGCGUGGAAUUUAGCUCAAAAUUAAAUGCGAUAAUGGCAAGAAUUAUAUGAUGAAAUAAAUAAAUAAUACAAA